AUGGGAUCUAAUAAUUCAAAGGAAAAAGGUAAUGCUUAGAAGAUAACUAAGGAUUCAAAUGAAGUGCCAUAAAUAAAUUUAAAAAAAGAUAAGAAAGAAGAAGUAGUUCAAUCAAAUGAGAAAUCUAAUUCAAAAUGUUAGACAGCAUAAAUGAAAUCAUAAGUGAAUAAAGAAUAAUUAAAAAUUGAAGUACCUAAAUUAAAAGAGGAGCAGCUUUAAUAGCUUUAAAUAACAUUCAAUAAAGGAGACUUUGAAAAUUAAAUAUUUGCUCAAUAGGAUCAGUCAACAGUUUUCAAUAAUAAUGUUUAAAGCUAAGUAAAAGAACAUGGGAUAGGUUCAUCUUUAGAUGUUAACUUAAAUAUUCAAGAUGAUCACAUGAUGGAUGUAAAUGGGUGCAGAAACAAAUUAAGAAAUGAUAGAUUUAUACCGAUUUAAGAGCAUGAUCCAAUAAUUGUAGCUGUUUUGGAUGAUUUGGAAUCUCAAACAUCUAACCAUCAUCCAUUUAAUAGUUAAGCUAAACCAUAUAUUUGUGCUUAAAUUAUGAUUUAGAAUCGAAUUAUUGCUGGAUUGUGGAAUAGGUUAGGACCAUAUAAAGUGACAAAUUGUCAUUUCAAACCAUUUGAACUAGAAGAUAACUUAAUUUAUUAUGGAGAAUGGUUUUAAUAAAAAAGAAAUGGCUUUGGAUUUUUGAUUUGUGAUGAGUUUAUUUAUGAAGGAUAUUGGUUGAAUGAUGUUUAUCAUGGUGAUGGAAGAAUGAUUAGUAAUGAUGGAAAUAUAUAUAUUGGAGAGUUCAAAAAUGGAUAAUUUAGUGGUGAUGGUUUUUAUUUAAAUUCUGAAUAAGUAGUAUAUGAAGGAGAAUGGGAAAAUGGACAAAAAAACGGUAUCGGAAAAGAAUAGAUGCCUGAUGGAUCAGUUUUUAUCGGUCAAUUUUAGAACAAUUAAAGAAAUGGAUAAGGAAAGUUAUUCAAUAAUAAGGAAUAAUUUGUAUUUGAAGGAUAAUGGAUAAAUGGUAAGGCAAUGGAAGAAGGAAAAGUUAUUUGGUAGGAUGGUAGAAAGUUUGAAGGGAAGUGGUGUAAUGGUAUGAUGCAUGGUCAUGGUAUAUUUAUAUGGCCAGGAGGAAAGAAAUACAUAGGAAAUUAUGUAAAUAAUGUAAGAGAUGGAUAUGGAGAAUAUUAUUAUCCAGAUGGAAAGAUUUAUAAAGGUAUGUGGAAAAAGGGAUUGAUGCAUGGAUAAGGAAUAAUAAUAUAUCCAAAUAAUUCUCAUGAGAAGGGUCAAUGGAAACUAGGAAAAAGAGUUGUAGUUUAAGACAAAAAGCCAAAUGAAAAAUCUUUAAAAAAGUAGGAAAAUAAGGCUAUCUUGCCUCUUUGA